AUGCUCCGGGCGCCGGCCGUGCUGUGCGUGUGCGCGGCCGCCUGGUGCGCGCAGGCUCUGGCGGCGGCCGCGGGCCGGCCGGACGGCGGCAAUUUUCUGGACGACAAACAAUGGCUCAGCACGGUGUCCCAGUACGACCGGGAGGCCGGACAGUGGAACCGAUUCCGAGACGAAGUAGAGGAUGAUUAUUUCCGCACUUGGAGUCCAGGAAAGGCCUUCGAUGGGGCUCUAGACCCGACUAAAGACCCGUGCUUAAGGCUGAAAUGUAGUCGCCACGAAGUGUGCAUUGUUCAAGGUUCUCAGACCGCAGUCUGCGUUGGUCAGCGGAGGCUCACGCACAGGUAA